UUGUAUUGAACAAGUCGUGUGUGUAUAUAUAUAUAUAUAUACAUAUAUUUUGUUACACCGGUCGUAAUCACAGUCUUGCCGGCGUUGACCCUUUUCACCGACACGAUCAGCCGACUAUCCAUCAUUGCCUUGUACGUCGUCCCCCAUCAUACCCAUCCCGAGCAGCUCCGCCGAAACCCUCAUUAGCUGCUCCAGAGUAUACAUCUCUGCUUCGCCGCUACAGAACACCAAAUAUCCACUCUUUUCACGGUGUUAUUGAACACCCUGAAUCUGAAUCUGGGUUGUUUUCUGUUUAACUUAUGAUUCAUUCUCUACAACAAUCAAUGUGUUGUUGUUUGUAGCAUCAGUAUUUGCAAUCUCAGGACUAGACAUUGUUGAUUUUGACGAUGACAUUUGGUGUCGUCGUUUUUUUAUCAACACAAAGCAACACAGAACAGCUGCGAUGAGGAUUAGAAUUGCGAUGACCAAGAGUAUAAUCACGCCGAUUCUCUUGUGCUUCUUUAGCGACGGCGGCGAGAUAACCACUCCCUGUGCGUUCUGGAGAAGAGGCGUAAGCGGCAAGGCGGCGGCGCCGGAGGAUGAGUUGAAGAACGGGGAAGUACUGGAACCGCAUGCUUCGUCGAUGAUCUCCCCGCAAAGGCUAGGGUUCCAUGAAAACGAAGUUGUCGUGUUCAUCUGUGGAAGCCAUGGUCGAUCUAAGAAAUUACAGAGCAAACAGCACAAAACCCAGAUGUUAAAGGAAACCAUUAAACACAAGACCCAAUUUGGUUGUGCCUCUAAUUUUGCUCUGUUAUAGAGGUCUGGUGGUGUCUCUAAUAUAUAUGGUCAACUAUGAUGGUCUCCAAAUACCAACCUGUGAUGAAAUCAUGUUGGUUAGAUUCAAACCCACAUAUAAGCAUGUAUAAAUUCAUGGAGCGGAGAGAGAAAAAUGGGUUCAGAUUAUGAAAUGAUGACAGGUAGAAUUCAAUGGUUUAUAUAUAUAUAUGUAUAUGUGUGUGUUUUGGUUUAUAUAUGUGUAUAUCUAUAUAUUGGUUUGUAUAUCUAAACUUCUUGAUUGUUGUUCAAAGUGGGUUUAUGAUAGUUAAGCUUGUCCAGAAGGGUGAGCGGAGAUGGCGGCAAGUAGAAAGAGAAUGACAAGGAAGAAAGAGAAGACGACUAAAUUAUGGGUUUUAUCUAUAACAAAUUUGGGGUUAUUUUGGAAAUAACCCGUAUAAAUAUAUUUCACUUGUUUGGUACAUGUUACUCCAGGGGUAUUUUCGGUAUAAUACAUUUAAAUACACAUCACUUAUUUGGCACAUGUGACAGUACGAGUAUUUUCGUCACAAAAGUUAAUUUGUCAAACCAUUUGUUAACCACGCACUGGGUUAACGGGAUUAAUUGCCAGAGUUGGGGUUACAUGAUACCGUUGUUAUAUUAUUGGGGAUUUUAAAAACUGGUUGGGAUUUUAUGAUCACUUAUUCAUAGUUUUGGGAGUUUUGAAAAAUUUACCUUUUAUUUUAUUUCUAUUUUAUGUGUCAUUUUCUUUUAUCACUUUCGAACAAUCUGAAAAUAGU